UUGUGCUGUCAUGUACUGUACUCACCAGACAGGAUGUUGAAACUUGAUGAUUUUUUUGGAUUUAAAAAAGUAGGAACUGAGAAGAAAUAAACCACAAUUUACAUGACGACGAACUGCAAGCAAGUCAAAGAUGUUGUUUCUUUUGCUGCUCAUCUCCUGCUUGCCACAAGGGGGCGACAACUCUCCAAUAAGUUGCUACAACGACAAAGGAGAGGCAACUGACUGGUUCUACUUGUACAAACUGCCGAGUGACCACGACAGGAAGCCCCCCCGUGAAGGUCUGACGUAUCUGCUGAUGGACGAGGGCAGCUCAGGCUGGAGUAGCGGCAAGUGGAGCGUGAACGACACCUCAGGAGCACUGGGCAUGACUGUGGGACAACUGUACUCGCAGGGAAAGAACUACACAGAAGUGGCCUACGUCCUUUAUAAUGACCAAAAGCCAACAGGGGGCGCUGGAGACAAAUAUGGUAGCAGAGGAGGCCACACAAAAGGUGUGGUCCUGCUGGAUCACAAUCAAGGCUUCUGGUUGGUCCACAGCACCCCAGUCUUCCCCCCUGUCCGUGACGCCGGACACUACAGCUACCCUGGCAGCGGCACCAGGAACGGCCAGAACUUCCUCUGCGUCACGUUCCCACUGGAACAGUUCCAAUCUAUUGGAGAGCAGCUUCAGAUCAAUCAGCUGAUAGUGUACGACUGUGACGUCCCACAAUCCUUUGCGCCGUCCGUGCCAGCUCUGGCUGCCCUGUGCAACAACAGUCACGUCAAGACGGCGUCCAAUCGCAGCGUCACGCUGACCUCCAAGGGCGGCACCGACUUCAUCAGCUUCGCCAAAGGAGCCGCUUUUAACGACGACUUGUACCAACCGUGGGUGGCCCCCACCCUGCAGUCCGACCUUCUGGUCCAGUUCUGGUACAACACGCCAGGUACCCUGCCCUCGGACUGCAAGCGAGGCUGGAAAGUUCUGGACAUCACACAAAUUUCCCCGAACGGCACCUUCAGCUUCAAAAGCACCAAGGACCACUCCAAGUGGGCCGUCAGCGUCAAGGCGGCGGAGGCGGGUGGAGGGUGGGUGUGUGUCGGCGACAUAAACCGCAACCAAGCCGAGGAGAAGCGAGGUGGCGGCACCGUGUGCCAGCGCCAUGCCGCCGUGUGGAAAGCGUACCGAAUCGCGGCACAGGAAUGCCAGGCGUGCGAGCACGGAACGAUCAAGUGUUGACUUGCAGGAAAAUUAAAAUUGUUUGAUUUCCUCAUUUAGCUUUUUUUUAAGAUCAUCUGAAAAGUGCUUGUUUAUUUAUAGAUAUUUUAUCAUUCACAUUUAAAUGUUGCUGUCUGACUAUGCUUGAAAAAUAUAAAAUUUAAAAA